ACCGUAUUACGCUGACCUUCACUCACAUGGACACAGAGUUCUACGCUUCCUGUAUCCAUGACUACGUGUCUGUAUAUAACGGCAAUGACGAGGCUGCCCCGUUGGUAGGGACAUACUGCGGCAACACUAUCCCAGCACCAAUUACUUCCCUUGGCUCAGCCAUGUUUGUCAGAUUCGCAAGUGAUGGCUCUGUACAACGAACAGGCUUCAGAGCAGUGUACACCAAGUCUCCUUCUUCAUGUGGUGGGGACUUCACGGCAGAGAGAGGGUCAUUUAUGAGUCCCGGAUACCCAAACACCUACCCACGGAGUACCGAGUGUGUUUGGACAUUCACCGUGUCCCCCGGCAGUCGCAUCAUGGUCUCAUUUAGUGUGUUUUCAUUGGAAGAUAAUCCAAGCUGCAACUUUGACUAUCUGGAGCUGAGGGAAACAGAUGUAAACGGAAACCUGAUUGGCCGAUACUGUAACACAAAUCUUCCCAGUAACCUAACGGCGUAUAACGGACUGUGGAUGAAGUUCCGGUCAGAUGACACUCCCGGACCGAAUGCUAUUGGUUUCCUAGGACAGUACAGUCCAGUGUAUGGUGGUGAACUUACCGGAAGUUCUGGACGACUAGCCUCGCCCUUGUACCCACGUCAGUACCCUCAUAACGCCGACUACACCUGGACUAUUACUGUGGAUACCAACAUGCGUAUCCGGGUAGCGUUCUCCUUGAUGGACAUGGAGUUCCGACUGACGGGGUGUAUCUACGAUUAUCUCCUG